UAGCAGUGAGAGUCAGUAAACGCUGGGUGGCAGUAAGGAACUUUCUCACUGUUUGUUAAUCACCAGUGGAGAAGAACCAGCACGACACAACGUGAGCACCAUGCCGAAAUCAAAGAGAGAUAAAAAAGUCUCACUGACUAAAACAGUCAAAAAGGGGUUGGAAGCAAAGCAGAACUUGAUAGAAGAGGUCAGUAGAUUUUAUUUCCCCACAUUAACUUGCAUUGAUGGGUUCCGAGAAUUAUUAGUAAUUUUUUUCUAUUUCCAGCUACGGAAAUGUGUAGACACAUACAGAUACGUGUUCAUCUUCUCAGUAGAAAACAUGAGAAACAGCAGACUUAAAGAUGUCAGAACAGCAUGGAAACACAGUCGGUUCUUUUUUGGAAAGAACAAAGUGAUGAUGAUCGCGCUUGGGAAAGGGCCAACAGAUGAAUACAAGGAUAACUUGCACAAGGUGAGCAGGUAUCUGAGAGGAGAAGUGGGAGUCCUGUUCACAAAUAAAACCAAAGACGAGGUUCAAGAGUAUUUUAACAGUUUUCAAGAGAUGGAUUAUGCCAGGGCCGGGAAUGUGGCGCAGAUGGCUGUGACGUUAGAUGAAGGGCCGCUGGAACAGUUCACACACUCAAUGGAGCCUCAGCUCAGACAAUUAGGAUUACCCACAGCUCUCAAAAAAGGAAUCGUCACGUUAUUACAGGAUUAUGAAGUGUGCAAAGAAGGAGAUACUCUUACUCCUGAACAAGCACGGAUUCUGAAACUGUUUGGAAUUGAAAUGGCUGAAUUUAAAGUCACUAUUAAGUGCAUGUGGAAUUCAGACACUGGGGAGUUUGAGAAGUUGGUGGAGGGGGAUCAAGAGGCCAUGCAGGUUAAGGAUGAUGAAGAUGAUGAUGAUGAGGAGGAAGAUGAAGAUAUUUAAUCCCUCAGGAGGAGAUAAAUUGGGACAUGGACUUUUUUCUUUAAACCUUUUAGUUCAGCUUGUGAAAAGUGUUUUAUGUAAGUGUGCAGAAGUACGCUCAGGAUUUUUCAUUACUCCUAAAAAGCACCGCUGUACAUCACAGUUUUGUACUGAUUGUUUUGUUCCGUCCUGAAUUGCACUGUAACAUUUACAACACUGCAGGAUGGAGGCUUUUAAUCUCACAAAACCUGCUGCCAUUCUGUUAACACGAUUUGCUUCUGGAUAAUGUCACUGCAAGGUAACCAACUGUGCAGAAAUCAAACAUGACCAUGGCUUUUUUUUUUUCUGAAGCCAGCCACAAAACUUUGAGCUCACAACAUACAACCAAAAUAAAGUUUUAAAAGUGGAUGUUUCGGAAA